GACUGAUCAUUUCAAUAACGUAUGUUUUUAAGAACGGACACGGAUUUUAUUUUAUAAAGAAGCGUUUCAAAAACACAAAACGAUAGUGUAAACAAAAAUUUAAAUGAAAAGUGGAUAAGUGUCAAAUUAAAAAAAAAAAUAGAAAAUUAUGUGAUAAAUAGAAAAGAAAAUAAAAAUUAUUAUUUAAAAGAAUAUUUAAACAAUUUAAAAACAAAUAUAUAAAUUUAAUUGCAAAAAAACAAAACAAAAACAAAAUGGAGGUUUAUACAUCAGAUAGCAGUGAUACCGACUCACGCGAACAGAAAACUUUGGAUUAUGGCCGCAUGAAUUUAUACGAAAUCACUUUGGAAGAUGAUCUCUACUCCGAGAGCAAACAACGUUUGAAAUCACAAAAAGAUAUAGAAAUUUUAUUACUCAAUCAUAAUCGUUUGAAAUUUUUACCCACGGCCAUUAAGAAUUUUACAAAUUUACGCAUUUUGGAUUUAAGUUCAAAUCAAUUGACAUCAUUACCCGAAGCCAUAGCCCAAUUGCCGUUGGUCACUUUAGUGGCCAAAAAUAAUCAGUUAACCAAUCAAUCAUUGCCCAAAACAUUUACCAUGAAAAAUCAACAAUCCUCUCUAAAAGAAUUGAAUUUAAGUGGCAAUCUAUUGACCCAUUUUCCGGAACAGGUUAUCGAAUUAAGGAAUUUGAAAUAUUUAUAUGUCGGAGGCAAUCAAAUAACCGCUAUAAGUAAAGAUAUCUGGAAAAUGCAAGGCCUUCAGGUCUUGUCUAUGGGUGGCAAUUUGAUAACCGAGGUGCCCGAGGCAGUGGGUGUUUUAAGCCAGUUGCAGGCCUUGGUUUUAUGUGAUAAUCUUAUUGAAAAUCUACCCACUAGCAUAGCGCGUUUGAAAAAUCUCAAAUCUUUGCUGCUGCACAAAAAUCGCUUGAAACAUUUGCCCAAAGAUAUAGUGGCUUUGAAAAAUCUGGCAGAGCUAAGUCUACGCGACAAUCCUUUGGUUGUACGUUUCGUUCAGGAUAUGGCUCUCAAUCCUCCGACUCUUAUGGAAUUGGCUGCACGCAUUGUUAAGUCAUCGGGCAUUGAAGUGGGACCCGGUGAUGUGCCUCAAACGACUUUGGAAUAUUUGAGUUGUGCCAAUUGUUGUGUUAAUCCCAACUGUAAGGGCGUUUUCUUCGAUAAUCGUGUGGAACAUAUUAAAUUUGUAGAUUUUUGUGGCAAAUAUCGGGUACCUUUGCUGCAAUAUCUUUGCUCGUCUAAGUGUAUAGAACACGAGGAACCGCCUAGACCUCACUCCAGCAAUAAUGCCAGUGGUUAUAUGAUGCGUAAGGUGUUAUUGGGUUAAAGGAUUUUGGUGUUUUUAUAACUUUUUUGAUUUUUUUUUUAUACUUUUUUUAUAAAACUAUUAAUAAAUUUAAAGAAAAAUGGUGCAAACAUA